AUGGAAUUUCUUACCUGGGUUUUUCCUGCCUUGGUUCUACUGUGCACCCAACAGCACAGGUGUAUCAGGGCUAUGAAUGACAUCGGAGAUUACAUAGGCUCCAACAUUGAAAUAUCCUGGUUACCCAACCUGGAUGAUUUAAUGAAAGGGUAUGCACGUAAUUUCAGGCCUGGGAUUGGAGGUCCUCCUGUUAAUGUUGCUCUUGCAAUUGAAGUAGCCAGCAUUGACCACAUCUCAGAAGUGAACAUGGAAUACACCAUGACGGUAUUUUUGCACCAGAGCUGGAGAGAUGACCGUCUGUCUUAUAACCACACAAAUGAGACUUUGGGCUUAGACAGCCGGUUUGUGGACAAGCUCUGGUUGCCUGAUACUUUCAUAGUAAAUGCCAAGUCUGCCUGGUUCCACGAUGUGACUGUGGAAAACAAACUUAUCAGGCUCCAGCCAGAUGGAGUAAUUUUAUACAGCAUCAGGAUCACCUCAACAGUGGCCUGUGACAUGGACCUUUCCAAGUAUCCAAUGGAUGAGCAAGAGUGCAUGUUGGAUUUGGAGAGCUAUGGCUACUCUUCAGAGGACAUCGUCUACCACUGGUCAGAAAACCAGGAGGAGAUCCAUGGGCUGGAUAAGCUGCAGCUUGCUCAGUUCACAAUUACCAAUUACCAGUUCACAACAGAAAUGAUGAACUUCAAAUCUGCAGGUCAGUUUCCCAGGCUCAGUCUCCACUUCCACCUUCGGCGAAAUCGAGGAGUUUACAUCAUUCAGUCUUAUGUACCUUCUAUCUUACUAGUGGCCAUGUCGUGGGUAUCCUUCUGGAUCAGUCAGUCAGCUGUGCCUGCCAGAGUGUCAUUAGGUAUAACUACUGUUCUGACUAUGACUACACUGAUGGUCAGUGCCCGAUCUUCGCUUCCACGAGCAUCUGCCAUCAAGGCACUUGAUGUUUACUUCUGGAUUUGCUACGUCUUUGUCUUCGCUGCGCUGGUAGAAUAUGCAUUUGCACAUUUCAAUGCUGACUACAUGAAAAAGCAGAAGAACAAGAUAAAGGCGAGAAGGCAGAGUGGAGAGGUAAACGUGAAGAAUGCCAUUGUUCUGUUUUCCCUUUCCAUAGCUGGUGUGAACCAGGAACUGGCCAUUUCUAAUAGGCAGCACCGAAUUCCCAGAAGCCUGCCUGGAUCGUAUGGCACAAUAGAAAUAGAAACUGGAGAGACAAAACAUCAGCAAAUAAUGAAACUGGAUAAAAAGAGUGGUCUGAAGUCCCUCUUUAAGCCCAUUGAUGCUGAUACCAUUGAUAUAUAUGCCAGAGCCGUGUUCCCAGCAGCCUUUGCAGCAGUCAAUGUUAUAUAUUGGGUUGCAUACACAAUGUAA